AUGCAGACUGCUUCUACAAACAUUUGUGAAAGAAUGGGUCGCUCUCAGGAGCUCAAUGAAUUCAAGCAUGGUACCGUGAUAGGUUGCCACCUGUGUAAUAAGUCCAUCCGUGAAAUUUCCUUGCUACAAAAUAUUCCACUGUCAACUAUUAGUGGUAUUAUAAAAAAGUGAAAGCAACCGGGAACAACAACUCAGCCACGAAGUGGUAGGCCACGGAAAAUGAUAGAGCGGGGUCAGUGCAUGCUGAAGCACACAGUGCGCAGAAGUCGCCAACUGUCUACAGAGUCACUUAUUUGCAGUGAAGGGAGCUCUUAAGGCGUCAGCAUACCAAGACAUUUUGGACAAUUUCAUG